AUGCACUGGACCCCCGGCCCUCACCUUACUGUGGAUGAAACAAUACAGAGGUUUAUAGGACGAGCGAGCGAAAUUGUCAACAUUCCUACAAAACCUACACCAGAGGGCUUUAAAAUCUGGGUUCUAGCCAAUCAAGGCUACGUUCUAGAUUGGCUAUGGCAUGCUAAGGGGGACGGCAAUGGCCCAGUUGAUCUGGAUGAAUCAUUCCUUUCUAAGGGCUUCACCAAAACUCAAGCUGUUGUGUUAGAUCUUUUAACACAACGUGAUCCUAUUACAAACCAACGCAUCUAUCUACCGGGCAAGCAUAUAGUCUGGCUAGAUAAUCUUUUUUCCAGUGUGAAGCUAUUCGAACGGCUACGUGAGCUUGAGAUAGGGGCAGCUGGUACAGUUCGAACAACUAAGACGAAGAGGGAAGAGAUGGAAGGGGAAGAGUGUAAUAUUAUUGAGGAACCAGCUGCUGCUGCAGCUACACAAUUAAGGACCAAGAAGAGGGUGAAGGUGCCAGCCGAGAGCUUCAACCGAUCGCUUAUGGACCUCAAAUUAACGCACGAUAAACAAAUUGAGUGGGGAGAGCUAUAUGGCGCGUUGUCAGAGAGUCACAAGGUGAUCGAAUUUGCCUGGAAGGAUGCAGUAACAGUCUUGUUCCUGUCUACUGUUCAUGAAGGCAAGGCCUAUAUACAGAAGCUACGAAAGAGGCCUGCUAAAACUGCAUCAGGAUACCGUCAAACGGUGAAGAAUUUCGGCAACGAGGCCACGGCGUGGCUUGAAAUCCCGGUGUUUAUCGAUGAAUAUAACCUCUGGAUGUGCGGCGUUGAUAUUGCAGACCAGCUACGCAGCUGUUACAGUACAAAUCGCGUCCACAGGAAAACCUGGAAGCCACUGUUCUCUUUCCUGUUCGAUACGGCUGUGGGAAACAGCUACAUGCUCUCUUCCUACAGGCGAGAUCCGGGCUCAAAUGACCGCCAAUUGCGCCAAGAUUCGCACCUACAGUUCUGUAGAGACCUCAGAGAUGCCCUCCUCCAUGCAUCUGUUCGUACACAGCAGCAAAAGCAAGCCUACAAGGCGAAUAGCUUUAUGGAUAUUACCUGGAGGCCGGUCAGAGAGCAUCUACACGAGAAACUGUGGCAGAAACAACAGCCCUUCUGCGCCGCAUGCACCCGGGGCAAGCGCUCAACUGCAACACCACAUUUGGCGCUCGAAGCACAAAGAGAGAGGAAGGGCUGGAAGCGUCGGCAUCGGCCGCCUAGGACUUCGUACGGCUGUUCUGUGUGCAGGAUUCCACUGUGCACUCGAGGGAAAUGCUGGGCCGAACACGUAGCUGCCCUCAACACCAAACAGUAG